GUUUUUUUUUGUUGCUUGCAGGUAACAAUAUGGACGUUGGUUCCCUCUUCGCUUUGAAAAACGCGAAAGGAAAGAAGAAGGCCCCGGCGGGCGCUUCUGCCAGGGAGGGGCCCUCUCAAACUGCUGGCGCUGCUGCUGGCGCCGGAGGGUCCAAGGGUGCUGGGCCCGUCAAAAAGAAGAUUGCUGGAAAGGGGACCGAGCCCCCGGCCAAGAAGCCGAAGACCACCGCCCCUACCAAACAACCGAUCACCGAUGUGGUGGUGAUUGUGGACGAAGGGCACGCUUCUGCCUCCACCCCCAGGAACAAAUCAAUCAGGAGUUCUUUGGGCGGGAGAGGUUGGAGGCGUUAGUACCGAAGGGGGCCUCCGUGUUGGAGGGCAGUUUGAAUGCUGCCCUGAAUGCUGAAUGCUGAAUGCUGCCUCCACUUUUAUGGGCCUCUGCGAGCACCUCCGAAGGGUGGAUCAAAUGAGGGAGGCCAAGGGUGCCGCCGAGGGGGAGG